UGGAGAUCAAGAAACCCGGCGAUUUUAAAACAGUAGGGAAAAGUGAUGGUAGCGGAUUGAGAUAGCCGUUUGCGAAUCUUGAUGAGAAGCGACGGUCGAACGUGAUGGUGGGGCAUCCUUAUGACAGCUUCAGCACUGCCUCCGCCCGCGCCAUGCAGCCGGCCCAGGAGCCGCCGCGGGUGACUGGCUUAGGCGUCGGCCUCGCCGUCUCCGUCGCGGCCUUCCUCCUGGUGGCGGCCACCGGAAUCGCCUCCUACUAUUGCACCAGAAUGAGGGAGGAGGAUGACGCCACGGCAGCGCGGGGGGCGGCCGCCGCCGCCGCCGGCAUUGACGAGGCGACGCUGAUGAGGUGGCCGAAGGUGGUGUACUCGGAGGCGUCGGACGCCUGCGGGGGGCUGGAAAAGGGAUGCUGCGCCAUUUGUUUGGCGGAGUAUGGUGAAGGGGACGUGCUGCGGCGGCUGCCGGAUUGCGGACACCUCUUCCACGUGGAGUGCGUGGACCCUUGGCUGAGGUCGCACUCAUCCUGCCCCGUCUGCCGCACGUCGCCGGAGAAGCCGGCGAAGAUGAAACCGGCCACGCCUCCGCGGGCGGUGGUCUUGUCAAUCGAGUCAUGACUUGUUUAACCUGUGUAACUAUGAAGAAAGCCUACAAAUUUCAUCCCGCUUGAUCAUUUGUUUUUAUCAUGUAUAAUCUUUUUUAUAAAAUUCUCAUUUAUGCGGCAAAGGCGAAUAAGCU